CCUUCUACCACAGAACUCAAAUAACGUACACCCCGCGAGUACGCCUUCGUAUCGACUCUGCGCCAGCUGAGCGCACGCGCCAAUGGGCAAGCUCUCAAGUCCACAAGCGUUGGAGAAGUGAGUGGAGCCUCCUCCACCAAGGUAAAUAUAUGUCGAAUGUCGAGGUACGACCCGUCGGUGGCCCCACAGCAUUCGUGCGUGCCUUUUCGCCCCUUCGUCUCGGGCAGUGCCACUUCAGAUGCUCAUAUACCCGCCUACAUUCCUACAUUCUACGACACUUCUCUCUGCUCCUCCGACUUCAUCAUCAUCGUCUUAUACAUCUCCACAUGGACACCUAUGCAGAGCCACUCGCCUGGAGCUAUGCCUCCGAGGCCGCCCCAGAACCCUUGUCCUUUAUCCAGAUCCCCGGUUCAAAUCACGUUGAAACGGAUCCGUCACAACUUCUGACGCCCCCCUGCAGCGCUCUAUCCUCCAAUUCUUCGCCUCUUCUAACACAUGAUAAACACACGUUCACACCAUCCGUCCCAGACAUUUUGUCCAGUGCAACGGACGAAGGCGUCGUUGUCUCCGUCUCAACAACAUUCUUCCCUGGCUCCGACAUCCUCACAAUCCAUCCCGACGUCAUCAUUCUGUCCUCUGACUCCGUGUUCUUCUACGUUCACUCUAGCGUUCUGCUUCGCGUAUCUCAUAAUGCAUUUAACGGCUUAAUCUACGUAUCCUCUAACCAAGGUUGUGGCGCCGUAGAACCCGUGAUACCGGUUACAGAACAUUCCUCUGUUCUCAACAUCGUUCUACAUGGCAUCUACGGCAUCUCAUGUUCUCAUUACGCGCCCUCGUUCGAGUCUUUAUCGUCUGCCAUUGCCGCGUUUCCAAAGUAUGGCCUGUCUGCGGAGAAGCUUGUUGCCAGUUCAAUGCCCUUGUACACCCUCCUGAUGUCGCACGCGCCCUUACACCCGCUCGAGGUGUACGCGCUGGCCGCCAAAUACAACGCUCACGACCUAGCCGUCUCCGCGUCAUCCCAUCUUCUGUCCUUCCCUCUCGCGUCCAUCAGCGACGAUGUGGCAGCAAAAAUAGGGCCGAAGUAUCUCAAGCGAUUGUUCUUCCUACAUCUAGGCCGCCUGGACGCGCUGAAGCGUUUACUCCUGUCACCUCCGCACCCGCACCCGCCAACUGAGAACUGCAGCUUUGAGGACCAGAAGCGGGUCACGAGGGCUUGGGCGCUGGCGUCGGCGCACCUCGUAUGGGACACCCGACCAGAUUUGUCCACGAGCUCGAUACAGUCAGCGUUAGGUCCCUUGGAAGAGCAGCUCUCUUGCAACAUGUGCCGAAGAACUCUUCGGGAUAGGUUGAACCACAUUAUUGUUCAGUGGUCCAUCAUUAAAAGAACAAUCUGAAAUUUCGUCCAAACGAUCUAUAGUUGCUAUGCAGCAUUUCACCUGAUAUUUGUCCUGAUCUAUACACACGAGGAUUCUUCGCAUAUCACGCGCACGCACUGUACUUGAUUGAGCACUCAUUCUCGUCGCUCUGAAUCGGUACAUGUACAUACAUGUAUUCCCGGUGUCGGUUCAUCGUUCCAUGUACGCACGUCAUCUUCCAGGCCUUUUGAUUCAUGAAAUGCUCCCGAAAAUGUGCACAUUCAACAGGGCUCAU